CAUUCACAAGGACAGCGCUGUCCACCAUCUUUUCUUCCAUGAUGGCUGAGGUUUCUACUGUAGUAUCUUCGACAAUGAAACGCGAUUUUAGUAGGGUUGUGUUAACAUUAGAUAAUGUAUUAAUUCCUGAUGAUAAAUUAUCAGAAACACCAUCAAUGCUAGAUGGUCUGGAGAAAGAGGUUGAAACAGAUCUUAGAAUAUUAGGAUGUGAACUUAUUCAAACAGCCGGAAUUCUUCUAAAAUUGCCACAGGUGGCAAUGGCAACUGCUCAAGUAGUGUUCCAGAGAUUCUACUAUUCAAAGUCCUUUAUAAAACAUAAUAUGGAGGUUGUGGCUAUGGCAAGCAUAAUGCUGGCCUCCAAGAUUGAAGAAUGUCCUAGAAGAAAUCGUGAUGUUAUUAAUGUGUUCCAUCACAUUAAGCAAGUACGGAAUAAACGGAAUAUACACCCACUUGUUUUGGAUCAACAUUAUAUCAACCUCAAAAAUCAGGUCAUAAAAGCGGAGAGGAGAGUUCUAAAAGAGCUGGGAUUUGCUGUUCAUGUGAAACACCCUCAUAAGAUUAUUGUUAUGUACCUGGAGGUACUUGGCAGUACAGGGAACAAAAAGUUGGUUCAGUGUGCUUGGAAUUUCAUGAAUGACAGUCUACGUUCUGAUGUGUUCAUGCGGUUCCACCCAGAAUCUAUAGCCUGUGCUUGUAUCUACUUGGCUGCUCGACAAUGCCAGAUUCCUCUGCCUAAUAGCCCACCUUGGUUUUGGCUGUUUGCUGUUGAUGAAGAAGAAAUUCAGCUUAUUUGCAUGUCUAUCUUGAGACUGUAUGCUAGGCCCAAGCCCAACCUGGAACAGUUGGAAAAAACAGUUGAAGAGCUCAAACGCAAACAACAAGCAGCUAAGUCUAAAGCCAAAGGUCUUGUGUCCGAUGUUGAUACUCCUAACUCCACAUCCAGACAAAACUCUCCUAAAGUGUUCAGCCCCACACCAACAUCUUUACUGCAAUCCAUGAAAAAGGAAAAAGAGAAGCUGGAAACCAAGCAAGUAGAUAAUGGAGAAGUUGGUAGUGACAGGUCAGACAAUGAUCGUAGAUCAGGGAAGAAACGAAGCCAUGAGCACAGUGAUGAUAGUGAGAGGAGCUUAUCCAAGUCUAAUUCUUCGAGUAUUUCUAGUCAGCACAGCCCAAGGUCUGAAUCACCGUCAGCUAAAAAACACAGACGCUCCCCAAGCAGUAAAAAAGUUAAGAAGCAGGAAAGUUUUGGACGUGGGGAUAAACACAAAAGAAAGUACAGAUCUAGGUCGCACUCUUACAGCAGAUCACCAAUACGAGCUCCAAAACUUUCUAAAAAGUCUCGUAGAGCUGAUUUCAAAGAUUCAAGGGACCAAUACAAAGAAAAAGAUUAUUAUAGGGAAAAAGAUUAUAAAGAUCGUGAUUAUUACAGAGAAAAGGACAGGGAUUAUUACAAAGAGAUGAAAGAAAGGAGAUCGUACAGUCCAGAAAAAGAUCACCGUAGUAGGUCUAGAAAGCAUCGUAGCAAUGGUCACAGAGAGAGUCCUAUCAGAGAGAAACUUGAUAAACACAGAAGGUAACCCUAGUUUGUCAUAGGUUACUACAGGGAACACCUGCAAUCAUUCCAUUUGGCUGUGAUUCUCAGAGAGCAAUGGUUCUACAGAAUGACAAUUCUUGUUAUGUACAAACACUGAGCUUGUUCCUCGAUUGUCUACUUAACAUUAACAUUACACUGUUUACAACUUCAGUAUGCAAACAUGAAAUGGUCCACGUUGGCGGUUCACAGCAGCUGCCAUAUGUGGUGGUAGCUGCCCUCACUUUCAGGAAUAAAGAUUAUGUAUAUAUUUGUAUUUAUGUGCCUUGAUUGUUAAGAUGACUACUCUUAGUGCUGUUUCUGACAUUGCCUCUAGUAAUACAUUUUUUUAUCUAAAGUGUAACACUAUGAAAAUUUCAUUAUCCUGUGUAGUGUAGAGGUUAAUUUCAGUUUUUAUAUAAACUGGACACUUCAGGCAACAUAUAUCUAGCUAGUUCUUAAUUUUAAACAUUUCCAGAAAUAAGAUUUUUUAAUUGAAAAUUUCUUGUAGUUUUACAAAGCACUAAUACUAAUUGCAGCUAAUGUAGUGCUCUUUAAUCUGCUACAAAUUUACUUACAAAAUACUAAGGGAUAUUUUCUUGUAACUGCUCAGUGACAACUUACUGAUAAAUUUAUGUACAUGUCUUUUUUUUAAUCAUGGUGGUAUCAGCAACAAAUGUGUACAGUUUUUGACAUGUGUAAAUAAGUUUAUAAAUAAUAAAAAUGUUUUUAAAAAUC